AUGGGAUUUUCUGCGGUACCACGACAUCCACGGGAAGAUGAAAAGGCACAUCCAUCGACCGAAUUCGCAAACCGAUGCCCAUUGAAAUGGCUUCUGAUAGGUCUCUGUGCCAGUAACUUCGUGUUUCUGAUGGCGACGAUUAUCUCAGGUUUGAGGCUUUAUUCUGCCGGUGGUUGUAUAGAUCCGUUGUUGACGCCUGCCAACAAUGCGAUUGAAUAUCACGAAAAGCAUUUUGAAGCCGCUUUGGCAAAUUAUACGGAGUAUAUGGGAUUUCCAGAUGAUGAAAUUGACAAGCGCUGGUCUGACCUAUACGACUUUGGUAUAUCUGUUGCCUCAGAAGAGGAGGCAAAGCAACUUCCUCACCCGACGAUACCUAUCCCAGGGACCACAGAAUAUCUAUUCGAGCUCGAUGUAUGGCACUCACUUCAUUGCCUGAAUGAUUUAAGAAAGCUCCUUUACCCAGAGCGAUUCCAGUUGCUUCAAAGGCUGACAAAGGAUGGCAAAAUCGACCGCAAUUCAUUUGCGUUUCGUCACUGGGAUCAUUGCGUCGACACUCUUCGCCAAUCCCUGAUGUGCCAAUCUGAUGUUGCACCCCUCCCUUUCCACGUAAACAUUCCAUUCAACCGUGGCAUAUUCCCCCGUCUGACAACGACCCAUACCUGCCGUAACUUCACUAAAGUUCAGGAAUGGGCUAAGGAACACAGAGCGCCCAAUUUUGAGUUCAUGAUCUCAGACCCAGCGGAGCUGCAAAAGAUUAUCGACGACUCUGGCUUCGAUCAUUCCCCAGAAGAGAAUAUGGAAGGACUGUACAUGAUGUUUCCUGGUAAUAAGUUCUUUCAACAUUGGCGAGAUCAUCCAGUUGAGAAAGUAUAA